CUCAACAGGGAAUCUAGUAGUUAUCUCAGCUAUAUAUACCUUCGCAUAUUGGAGGUUCAGCAUUGUGCAAAGCUCUUAAAAAAUGGCAUAUCUUCAACUAUUCUUCUUUAUUAUUGUGGCUUCUCUUCCAUUCAUGUUUGUUUCUCCGUCUCAUUCCUCUUUAGAUUAUGGUAAUGUUAAGACUUUGUCUCAUGCCAAAAAUAAUGAGAAGGUUACUUUGUCUCUGUACUAUGAAACUUUAUGCCCAUAUUGUGCCUCCUUUAUCUCAGAUGACCUUGUGAAGGUCUUCCAGAGUGAUCUUAAUACCAUUGUCAAUCUCAGGUUGGUCCCUUGGGACAAUGCUCUCAUUGUUAACAAUAGAACCCUUUGCCAGGUCAGAUGUCCUUUCUUCUUCUGA